AUGCAAGAAAACCUCGACAGCACCAGCAUCGCCUCGAAGUCCGCGCUGCUCCGGGCUUCGCACGAGGACACUGGUGUCUUGCGCUUACACGAGGAGAAUGUAACUGGCGCAAACGUCCGUGUUGCCAUCAUGGACGCUGCGAUUGAUGUGACUGCACCCGGCCUGGUUGAAACGAACAUCGCAUACACCGCUAACUUGCGGACCGGCGCCAAUAACUCAGCCGGGAGCUGUGACCCGCACGGCACCGGGAAUCUCGGCAUCGCCGGCGGGAAGGGCGAUCCUCUAUGGGGUUAUACUGGUGUCGCACCGGAUGCCAUCUUUGAAGCGAUCGCCAACUCUGACUGCGUCAACCCCAUUAACGGGGACGACCAGGUGAAUGACUUCCUUCAUAUGUACGAGCGACACCUGGACAUCAUUUCUAUUCCUUACAGUUACGAGUUAGAAUAUCCUGAAGCCCCUUGGCCCGCGUUGAUAGAGCGUAUGUUUAACAACGGUACUCUUGUUACUACUGUUGCCGGCAACACCGGUCCGGGGCUGUACUCGAUCAGAGCCCCCACGGCGAGUCGCGGUGGCAUGGCUAUCGGUACCUACGACACUUCCCUUGUUCCGGUCUACACAUGGCAAGGAAACUGGACAGCAGGCGGUGAGACUGGCCCAGUGUACUACCACCCGAGUGAUCCCACCGAUACUCAAAUAUUCGACAUGCCCGCCCAGGCCAACUUGACAUUGUGGUGGCCUGGCGCUUUCGACCCUGCAGCUCUUGAGGGACCCCAAGAUAUUGUGUCUCCUUGCCGACCUCUUCCAGCCGGCGCAAAACCGCCCUCAGAUCCGGCAACAACUAUUCUUCUCCAGUCUAGGUACGAAUGCUGGAACGACGCAAACGACACGUCCUUGGAUAUCACCACCAAGUAUGGAAUACCCUAUGUCAUGGGUUACGCCCCCAACUAUGCCAUUCACGCACUCAGCAUCCCCCGCAUGGGUAGUACCAAUCUGAGCCCUUCUAUACGUGCAGCAGUUAAUAUCGGUUUCGAUGAAGCCUCAAAACUCGUAUUGCUACUCGCAAAACACGGCCGCGUUGAUCUCUCCCUGACCGGCGAUCCAUCUUCAGCCAAUAUGAACCUCGCCUUCAUCCCCAACAACCAGACGGGUCUGACACCGUCAUCCUGGACAACCUGGGGUCCGGCCUUGGAUACACAUAUGGGCGUGGCUGUUCUUGGACCAUCGCAGUACGUCGCCAUGCCGUUCCCCGCGCGCCUCGGUGGCCUAGGCGUGUGGGCCGGGACCAGCUUCUCAACGCCGUACCUGGGCGGCGUCGCCGCUCUCGUAAAGUCUGCUCAUCCCGAGUGGUCGCCGCGCCAGAUUCGCAAUGCUAUCGUGGCAACGGCAGAUCCUGUUAACUAUAACGACGGCAUUCCAAACUUCAAAGUUCAUGAUAUCAAGGCCCCGGUCCAGCAGCAAGGAGGUGGAAGGGUCGACGCCUGGUCUGCUGUAAGGAGCGCCACGACUGUCAACGUGACGGAGCUUGCUUUCAACGACACCGAUCACAGACCGCCGUUCCUAAGUUUCACACUCACAAACACUGGUGUCGAGGAGCUCACCUAUCAACUGGAUCAUGUACCAGCGGGUUCAGGUUACGUGAUCGAUCCUGCGGCCCUCUACACCUUCUCAUUGCCAAGUAUCAGCGAUGCCUACGCUAGCGUAUCGAUUUCUCCCAAAACUCUGACUCUAAAAGGCGGCGAGUCUGCGUCCGUGGCAGUAACGAUCCUCUCCGAACCCGACUUGGCCGAUGCAGCAAGUCGGCUAUCCUUUUUUGGCGGUUACAUCGCAGUCCAAUCAUCAGCCUCGGAGGCAAAUCUUCUGACUGUGCCUUAUACUGGCUAUGGAGGAUCGCUGCUGAACUUACCCAUCAUUGAUCGGACUCAGACUGAAUUGAUUGGAGUCAGGCUGCCGGAUUUCGCAUUCAUCGAUGUUGAGCCCGGAAGGAUAUUCAAUGCCACAUACAACGCCAGCGUCGGUACCGACGAGAACCCCAUCACCUAUCCUGACGGCGUAUAUCCCGGAUUUGCCUUUCAGCAAGUUGUGAGGAGCAGGCUAGUCACUUAUUCCAUGGUGAACACCAGGACUGGCGAAGCACCAUUCCACAACGACACCGUCGGAACAGACGCGGAGCCAAUGACUGCAGCCUGGUUUUGGGGCGGCUCAGAGGACAACAGAACCUUUGUGCCGGCUGGAACCUAUGUCUGGGAGGUACUCGCACUACGGAUGAAUGGUGACCGUGAGAACCCAACACAUUUCGAAUUAUGGAGGUCAGACGAAUGGAGUUUGGCUUACAGUCUGAACAGUACUGGCUUGCCUACGGUAUAAUGCUUCUAUGGAGCAUCAGGUAGACGGACAGAGUCUCGUGCAUGUGCCUCUUCUCUUAAUGGAGUUUAAUAUAAGGCUUUUGCUUCUUUGUUCCGUCUAUAAUGUUGAAGAGGUAGAGCUUCGAGGUGGAACAAUCGAAGUGGUUCUUUCGAGCUCUCUCGAGCGGAAAGACUAAUGGCCGACAAGGCUUGUGGGAUGGAGGCAAGACCAAAAUCUGCGUGGAGCUA